AUGGCUGUACAAGAAGGGCCAAAGGUCCCCUACAAGCGAGACGACCAUGAUGCCCAACAAUUCGCUAUCGAAACCCCGACUCACACCACCCCCAGCGAGCCUCGACACAGAAAUGCGCCAGAAGACACUCGGCCCAUGGUUGGGGGCAGAUUCGAACCCGUAGACUUGGAGGACACGCCUGUCGUUGAGUCUGGCCUUCCACCCGAGAUAUGGACCAUUGUGCAAUCAGCACCUGCAAGCUUUCCUCCGCAAUGCUUUCUUGACGUUAGUCGGAACCUGCUAGAGAAUCCCAAUCUGACCGCAUCGCACCUGUCACGGGCGGAAUUAUCGUACAAAAGUUUCACGGAUGCUUCGUACAACGCCGAAGCCGCUCAUCCGCAUGAGCUCGCAAGUAUUAUAAAGCACCUGAAGCCCGAUCAUCAACCGCGCCUGGUACCUGGCGGCGUGCCAGGUUACAAGCUUGAGUGGACCGUCACCCGAAAGCUGAUACCUAGGAACCCUAAGUUGGACGAGGCCUUGCAACAGACGUGUCAUCUGUACACUUCUACCGAGCAGGUCGUAGUACCAGCGAAGAACAGCAGCAGCAGCAGCAGCAGCAGCAAAUCCGAUGCCGAAAGGUACCUCGUACUCUACAUUCCUCACGUCUCAGAUGCAGACUCCAUACCAUUCUACCAUCCCAAAGUGCGAGGUGUUGCGAUUUUCUACUCAUAUCUAAACCAGCCCCCACCAGAUACAGCGCCAGGAACCUUGUCACUAUACUAUGACCUCUUCCCCAGACAGCCGCUGGAGAACCGUAUGUCACGGACUGCGUUGAGGAUGCUGGAAAUAAUCCACAAGCACGCUCGUGGACGCAUGCAAGGCUACCAGAAACGCGUCCACCACGAUGUAAUCAUCCCGCAGAAGACAUUCCAAGACACGUACACCUAUUUGAAAGGCAAAUAUGCCAAAGAACUUAUUGAUAAUUGGGUUGAGCAAACGCCCGCGAAUAAACACGUCUUUGAAGAUUUGGGGAUAGCGGCAUUCCUGAUCGAGCUAUGGACGGACAUGUACGGCGGAAUGAUUCUAAAGCCGGACGACCGAUCAAGCAGCACGGAUUCUACAGAUGCGGAGAAAGUACAGUUGGAGCUCCAGACUCUAAGGCGGUCAAUGGCACAGCAAGCUUCUCCCGGGUUCGUCGAUAUCGGUUGUGGUAACGGCCUACUGGUAUACAUCCUCAACAAGGAGGGAUGGAAGGGCUGGGGCUUCGAUGCACGCCGGCGCAAAACUUGGGGUACAUUUGGCGAAGUGUACCAGCAGCAUGUGAAAGAGAUGCUGCUCGUUCCAGGCGUCCUGCAAAACCCUGAGGUCGACAAAGAGACAGGCAGCGGGUCACCACCCUGGCACAACGGCCUCCUCCCCAAGGGAACUUUCAUCAUUUCGAACCACGCUGACGAACUGACUGCAUGGACACCCGUUCUCGCCUACCUUUCGGACAGCCCUUUCAUGGCGAUACCCUGUUGCAGUCACGACUUCGGCGGCACGCGCUUCAGGGCGCCGUACCGCCGCGAACACUUCCCAUCUGCUACCACAAACUCGGCGAAACAGGUAUCUGCGUACAUGUCGCUCUGUAGCUAUGUUGCGCAUCUCUGUGCGGAAAUGUCGUUUGUUCCGGAGAAAGAGCAUUUGAGGAUACCUUCAACGCGCAACAUUGCCAUCAUUGGGCGAAGAAGGGACGGUGACGAGGUCAAAGGUAGUCAAGAAGACCGGCUUAAAUUUGUUCGCGAAGUUGUAGAAAAGGAGAUGGGAGGUGAAACAUCGAUCGAGCAGACGAAAGAGUUGGACGAGGACGCACUCAAGAGCUUGAAAGUGAACAAGCAGCGCUUGAUGGAAGAUCUGCACCACACUUGCCAAUGGGGCAUUGGAAAACGGUGGGGGCAAGCCGAAACAGAAACAGGCAUGACGCGCCUCGCACUCUCAGACACCGACAAGCAAGCCCGUGACUGGUUCGUCAAGACGACCGGAGAUCUCGGAUGCAAGGUCACUGUCGAUGAGAUGGGCAACAUAUUCGCUGUACGGCCCGGGCUGAAGAACGAUAAACCGCCCACGUUCGUAGGAUCGCAUCUCGACACGCAGCCAACUGGUGGUCGAUAUGAUGGCAUCUUAGGUGUUCACGCAGGCAUAGAGAUGCUGAAGGUACUGAAUGAAAAUUGGAUAGAGACGGAGUAUCCCGUUGGGGUCGUCAACUGGACAAACGAAGAAGGCGCCCGCUUUCCCCUCUCUAUGGCUUCCUCCGGUGUAUGGGCGGGCUCCAUUCCACUUUCCACGGCACACAACCUCCGCGAAGUACAUCCCGGCACCGCAACCAUGGCCGAAGAACUCUCUCGUAUCGGGUACCUUGGCUCCGUACCGGCUUCGCAUGAAGCCAUGCCUAUGGCCGCGCACUUCGAACUACACAUUGAGCAAGGCCCGCUCCUAGAGAUCACCAAUAAGAAAGUUGGCAUUGUAACAGGCGUCCAGGCGUACAAGUGGCUCACCAUCAAUGUAAAGGGCCGGGAUACGCACACGGGUACCACCGAUCUUGUAGGCCGCGCCGACGCGCUGCUCGCGGCCUCUAAGAUGAUUCUGCAUAGCCACCGACUCGCCACUGCGAACAGUGCGCUAUCUUCCACUGGUAUCCUGAAUCUCAAGCCAGGAAGCACGAACACUGUCCCAGGCGACGUCAGCUUCUCACUCGACAUCCGCGCGCCGGCCGACGAGACAGUCGCGAGGGUGCUGGCCCUUGUGAAAGAGGACUUCCCCAAGAUCGCUGCCGGAGAGAACCUUGGUGGUCUCAACGACGGCGGAACACCGAGUCUCCCCUGCAGCAUCGACAUCAAAGAAGAUUUUGAUAGCCCGGCCACAACCUUUCACCCAAGCUGCAUCGACGCUGUUGCCAGGGCGGCACACAGGGUGCUCGGGCCGGAUAGCAGGAGCCUGAUGAUGGAGAUGACGAGCGGAGCUGGACAUGAUAGCGUAUAUACGAGCAAACGAUGCCCGACGAGCAUGAUUUUUGUGCCGUGCAGGGAGGGCGUGAGUCACAAUCCCGAAGAGUUCUGCAAUGAGGAGGACUGUGCGACUGGGGCAGAAGUGCUGCUGCAUUCUGUGUUGAGAUAUGAUCGUAUGAGAGAGGUGCAGAGAGUGAGUUGGAAGCAGGAGCCGUAUACCCUGUGA